AUGAACCAACCAGAUUUAGUGAAAUGUGGCGAUCACGAUUUAGAAAAUUCUUUAUAUUGUUUGCAAUGUUUUACGGAUUUAUGCUUAGAAUGUUACCGAACGCAUCGAAAAGACCAUGAAGUUCAAGCAUUGGAUGUAGCUUUGCUGAAAAUUCGGUACCGCCAUGAGCCUUUGCUGGAAGAAUUAAAAGUCGUAGAUGAAGAAGUCAAUUGGGAGUUGGUUUAUAAGUUGCCAGGAGGUAUUCCAAUAAACGAACAAUUUGUUGCCGAAAUCCUGGAGUUCCACCAAGAAUGUGUUUUGCAUCCCUAUACCGUUCAGCGAUGGUACCUGGCUUGUGGAAGUUGCCUACGAAAAGUGUGUUAUCAGUGCUUUUAUAUUAAUGGGUUUUCAUUAAAAUCAGCCUACGAUAGUUUGGUUUACCACCAUAGAAUGGUACGGAAUUGGGGAGUUGAGGGAUCCGAUGACGGGUACUUUUCUGGAUGUUGA